AUGCAACCCGCCAUGCUCGUCGCGCUUCACCGCGGCGCGUUCGCCAUCUCCUCGCCAAGCCAUCGCGUUCGCCCCUCGGCGCGCGCGUCCGCGCGCGGGGCGACCAUCACGCGCGCGGCGGGCGGCUUUCGGGUCAUCGAGUACGGCGACGGCACCACGCCGGAAUCCCGCGGAGAGUCUCGGCGCCGCGACGACGGCUUCGACGACCGCGGAGAAUACGACCGCGCCCGCCCGCGCGGAGGCCGCGGAGGCCGCGGAGGCCGCGCGUUCGGCGGCAGAGGACGCGGCCCGCCCCGCCGCGACCGAUACGACGACGACGACGAGGAGGAUGAUUGGAACGAGCGCCGGGACCGCGGCGGCCGGGGCUCGCUUCGCCAGAAGGGACGCGGCGGGCGCGGCAUCGACGCCCAGCGAGGGUUCGGCGGCGACCGCGACGGAGGGAACUGGGGCGAGCGCGUUCGUCGCGACGAUCGGGGAUACGACGGCCGCUACGAGGAGCCGAGGCGGUACGACCGAGCCCCGCCCCGACGCGACUACGACCGCGGCGGUUAUUCAUUUCCCGACGAUGCGUCGUCGCCUCGCGCGCCGGGCUACGGCGGCGAACGCGGUUCUUACGGCGGCGGCCGCGAACGCGGUUCCUACGGGGGCGGCCGCGAACGCGGUUCCUACGGCGGCGGCCGCGAACGCGGUUCCUACGGCAUGACCGCCUUGCCCGACUCGGACUUUGUCACCAUCCAGAGCAUGGGCCAAGAGGGCAGGGUCAUCGGCAAGGGCGGCGCCAUGGUGAACGAGCUUCAGCAGCGAUUCGGGUGCCGGGUCAACGUUCGAAGGGACCUGGGCGUCAUCGAGGUGAGCGGCGGGGACGUGGCCGCCGCGGAGGAUGAGAUCCGGGGCAUCGUCGAUCGCGGAGUGCAGUCCGAUCUCCAGCGGGACACCGGCGGGGGAAAACCUCCGCUUUCGCGCGAGCUCGAUCGAAGCCGGGGCGCUCGCGACGGAGGUUACGCCCCCCCGCCCGACGCCGCCGCCGCCGACGACGACGAUGGCUUCUGGAACGACGACGACGACGACGACGAUUGGGUCCUCGAGGGGCUCGAGGAUGAGCUCAACGACGCGGCGCAGUGGUCGCAAGGCAAAGGCGCCAAGGGUAGGUACGUCCCUACGCAGAUGUCCAAGUACGUCGACGACGAUUUCGAGCCGAUGGUGUACACCCGGGAGCCGGACGACGAGGACGAGUAUAACUUCUUCUCGGGCGCGAGGUUCGCGCAGCUGGGCGCCUCCGACGGCGUCACCGAGGCGCUCAAGGAGAUGGGCAUCGAGCGACCCUCGCACAUACAGAGCCUGAGCUACAGGGCGCUGACGGAGGAGGACUCGAACGAUCACGUCUUACUCGCCGACCAGGCGGGCUCCGGGAAGACUCUGGCGUACCUUCUCCCCCUCCUGCAGCGACUCGCCGAGACGGAACGCACCGAAGGGAGGGCCAAGCCCACGCGCCCGAGGAUGCUCGUGCUCGUCCCGACGUCGGAGCUCGCGGUGCAGGUGCUCGGCGUCAUCCGCACGCUGUCCAGGGGCGGCCUCAGGUGUCGCAGCCUGGCGGUGACGGGGGGUGACAAAAACUCGAGGACGCAGAUCGAGACCAUCCGCGAGGGCUGCGACGUGGUGGUCGGGACCCCGGGGCGGGUCGGUUGGCUCGUUCAGCAGAAAAAGCUGGACCCUGGCGACCUGCAGGCGGUGGUCAUGGACGAGUGCGACGUUUUACUGGGCGAUUCGUUCGAGUUUGCCGAGCAGGUUGCGCCGCUCCGCGACGCGGUGCCUAACGCCACUCGGUUCGUCCUCGUCACCGCCACCAUCCCGGAGGAUGUCCUGAAACAGCUGCGGGCGUUCUUCGACGGGGCGUUGAGGGUGGUGCAAGGGCCGGGGCUGCACCGGCCCGCCGCGGGACUGCUGGAGAGGCUGGUGGAUUGCUCGGGAGGUGACGUGGUGGACGAUCAGAGCGGGUUUUGGCGCAAGUUUGCCGCGCUCGAGCAGCUUCUCGCCGCCGAGAAGGAAAAGGGAACGGACGGGCGAUCGAAGCGCAUGCUGCUCUUCUGCAACAAGAUCGAGACGUGCAGGAAGAUCGAGAACCUCCUGAUUCGCGCGGACAAGGACGGACAGGAUCUCGUGCCCCUCCCGUACCACGCCGCGCUCACCCCGGACCGGCGCAAGAGCUCGCUGGAGGAGUUUUUGAAGCCGCAUAAGCGGGGAGACGCGCCCAAGAUGCUGGUGUGCACCGACCGCGCGAGCCGCGGCCUGGACGCCGCCGGCGUGACGCACGUCGUCCUCUUCGACUUCCCGAGGGAUCCGUCGGAGUACGUGCGCAGGGUGGGGCGGACCGCGCGAGGGGCGCUGGGGAAAGGGGAGGUUUCGGUGCUGGUGCUGGGAAGGCAGGUUCGGCUGGCUCGCGAGAUCAUGCGAAGGAACACGAGAGGGGACCCGGUCGAGUCCACGCCGCAGUACUGA